AUGAUAUCGCGAAAAUUUUCAUUUAAAAUUUUCUUUCAGACACUACUUCUUGUUGCUAUUAUUGCGGCCUGCCAAGCCGCAGAGCACGCUUACUCCUCUCAAAGUAUCACAGUUCAUCAUGAGGUUAAGGAACAUAAACAUGAACCUGAGCAUAAGCACGAGCAUAAACAAGAGCAUAAGCAAGAGCACAAGCAAGAGCACAAGCAAGAACACAAGCAGGAGCACAAGCAAGAGCACAAACAUGAAAACAAACAAGAACACCAUGACCACAAACCUGCCUACUCUUCACAGAAAAUCGAGCGCCAUGACAUUCCCGCUCACCCACCAAAGGGCUUCAAUGAACAUCAUGGUCACGCUAAGUACGAAUUCGAGUACAAAGUUCACGACCCUCACACGCACGACGUGAAGCACCAGCACGAGUCUCGUGACGGACACGCCGUGCACGGGGUCUACAGUCUGCAUGAAGCUGACGGCUCCAUCAGGUCUGUCAAGUACUCCGCUGAUAAAAAGACUGGAUUCCAAGCUGAUGUGAAACACACUACCAAGCACAUUGAAGAUCAUCAUCAUCACCAUUGA